GGUUAAGAGCGACAGCUUUCACUAUAAAACGCGUACUUGUAUGAAAUUUAGCUCCCAUUUACUCCCCGGCGAUUUUUCUAUUUGCUGAUUCACGGCCGUGCCGGAGGCGGACCCGACGGUACGGUGGUGUUUUGUCGCUUUGGCCUUAUCUUUUCAAUCCUUUAUGGCUAACUUCCACCGACUCUUUCGAGUUCUGUUGAUGCUUUUCGCUUUUUCAGGUUCAGUAAUUCGAACACUGAGCGUUGGAGUUGGAAUUAACUAUGGCCAGAUCGCUAAUAAUCUGCCGUCUCCAUCGCGCGUGGCUAUUCUUCUCCAAAGUUUAAACAUCAGUAGAGUAAAACUUUACGAUGCAGAUCCUAAUGUUCUGUUUGCAUUCUCCAGGAGUGAAGUAAAUUUCAUUAUAGGGCUUGGUAAUGAGUAUCUCCAGAACAUGUCUGAUCCUCAGAAAGCCCUAGCUUGGGUUCAACAACAUGUUCAAACACACAUCUCACAAACAAAAAUUACUUGCAUCACUGUUGGCAAUGAAGUUUUCAACUCUAAUGAUAGCCAAUUAAGGUCUAAUCUUCUUCCUGCAAUGCAAUCUGUUUAUAAUGCGCUUGUUAAUCUUGGGCUGGAUAAACAGGUUUCUGUUACCACGGCUCAUUCUCUUAACAUAUUAGGCAACUCUUUCCCUCCGUCGGCUGGAACAUUCAAGCCGGAUCUCGCUGAAUACCUACAACCGAUUCUCAAUUUCCACUCCAUGGUCAAGUCACCUUUUCUUAUAAAUGCAUAUCCUUUUUUUGCAUACAAGGAUAAUCCUACCCAAGUUCCCUUAGAAUAUGUGCUGUUCCAGCCUAACCAAGGAAUGACUGAUCCCAUUACAAAUUUGCAUUAUGACAAUAUGUUGUAUGCUCAAAUCGAUGCGGUUUAUGCUGCCAUCAAAGCCAUGGGGCAUACAGAUAUCCGGGUUCAGAUUUCUGAAACUGGUUGGCCAUCUCGAGGCGAUCCGAAUGAGGUUGGUGCUACGCCAGAGAAUGCAGGGUUGUAUAAUGGUAAUUUGCUAAGAAGAAUAGAGAGUGGACAAGGAACCCCAGCAAAACCAUCGGUUCCUAUCGAUAUCUAUGUUUUCGCUCUAUUUAAUGAGGAUUUGAAGCCUGGUCCAGCAUCUGAGAGAAACUAUGGUCUUUACUAUCCUGAUGGCACACCAGUUUAUAACAUUGGAUUGCAGGGGUAUCUCCCAGAAUUGUUAUAUUCAUCGUCCAAAAGGAAUGUUUUCUCAGUUUUAAGUUUGCUUCUGAUAUUCAUAGCGUAUGGAAUCUACACUUAGAGGUAUACCGAGUAAUUGAUAGAAAUUCUUAUUCAUAGCACGAGGAGUCUUAUAGAGGAGAGUCCAUACAGAUCACUUUCAGCUGCUGCACUUAACUAACCAUCUGUAUUGUAUAUUUACUUCGUAUCCCACACCGAUUUGGUUCAUUGGAUGAAUUUUUUUGUAGUUUAACACAUCAAUAAAGUAUUAAUUAUUUCAUUAGAAAA